AUGAUUAGGUGCUCGAUUGGUGAGAGUGAAAGCGCCAAGAAGUUCCUUGAAACUGUGGAACAAUUCUUUGCUAAAAAUGAUAAGGCUGAGACAAGUUGUACCUUGUCCAAACUCAUUUCAAUGGUCUAUAAAGGCAAAGGGAACAUAAGGGAGUACAUCAUGGAUAUGUCCAAUCUCACAUCAAAACUCAAGGCAUUAAAGUUAGAACUUCCUGAAGAUUUGAUUGUGCACUUGGUUUUGAUCUCUCUCCCGGCAUACUUUUGGAAAUUCAAAGUGAGUUACAGUACUCAUAAGAACAAAUGGUCUCUCAAUGAGCUCAUAUCUCAUUGUGUACAGGAGGAAGAGAGGCUAAAGAGAGAUAAGACUGAAAAUGCUCACUUGGCUACCAAUUCUCAAAAUAAAAGGAAGAAACUUGUAGGAAAAUUUUCUCCAAAUAAGAAGGCAAAGGAAUAA